AUGGCAGUUCAUGAUUUUUAUGGCGACCAUAAGUCGAAAUGGCAUCUGGUCGUUGAUGUCCUAUCAUGGAUAUUCUGGUCCAAUGCCACCAUUCUGCUGAAUAAAUGGAUCAUCAAUUCCACAGCCUUCCCUAUCAUCCUAACAUGCUGGCAUUUGGUUUUUGCGACCAUCGUCACCCAAGUCCUUGCACGGACGACGAGAUUGCUUGAUGGCCGGAGGAAUAUACCCAUGGAUACUCGGAUGUAUUGUCGGACAAUGCUCCCUAUUGGCCUGUUAUAUUGCGGGACUCUAGUCUGCAGCAAUGUGGUCUAUCUCUAUCUGAAUAUCUCCUUUAUCCAAAUGCUCAAGGCGGCCGGUCCCGUUGUCACACUCAUCACGAGCUGGUCAUGGAAGGUCGCAAAACCCUCAAUCGGGGCAUUCAUCAACAUUCUCAUCAUAACCCUGAGCGUCGCAAUGGCCGUGUCGGGCGAGAUCAGGUUUUCCUGGUUAGGCUUCGGUUUCCAGUUCGCCAGUCUAGUCUUGGACGCAAAUCGACUCGUCAUGGUCCAGAUUCUUUUGUCGGACAGUGGCCAGAAGAUGGACCCGCUGGUCAGUCUGUACUACUUUGCGCCGGCGUGUGCUGUCAUGACAUCGCUGGUGGCCUGGCAGACCGAAUACUCUUCGUUCGAGUGGAGUUCGAUCGCGCAGGCUGGGUCGAUGGUCCUGACACUGAGUGCCGUGAUGGGAUUCAUGCUCAAUGUCUCAAUCUUUCUCCUGAUCGGAAAAACGUCCGGCUUAGCGAUGACGCUGAUCAGCAUUCCCAAGAAUAUUCUACUCAUUGCUAUCUCGGUUAUUCUCUGGCACACCCCCAUUAGUUCCAUGCAGAUCCUGGGGUACAAUAUUGCUCUGUGGAGCCUUCUUUUCUACUCUAUUGGUUGGAAUACUGUCAAAGCUUAUAUUGACGCUCUGAGGGUCUGGAGUCGGAAGAGUGACGAAACUGAAGUCUUACUGUCUGAUAGGGUCUGA